AUGCACCACCGGUCUGAUUCCGCAGAAGUUCCCUCGCUCGCACCUAUGCCAUUGUCCAGGAACAGCAGCGCACCACCGCAGGCGGCAGGUCAGCAUUAUAGGCCAUUCCGUGGUUACUUCCAAAAUUCCGGGGAAGCGAAGGAAUACCGUCGUAAGAAAAUGCGGUUCAACCGUGAACCGUGGAGGGAACCUGCUAACGAUCCAACCAUCGAGCAUGUCGAGCGCAAUCGUAACAUUAACGUAGAGCGCAUCUACAACGCCAUGAUCUGCGGAGAUUACGCCAGAGAUAAUGCUGGAUCCACCGCACUCAAGAGAUGGGUUGAAGAACCACACUACCAGUCGGAUUUAGUAGAAGCUUACGCCCACAAGGUGUUCGAUUGUUUAAUCGAGCAGGUGAAGAUGGGCUUCCGCGGGUGGCAGCAGAAUGACUACGUUAACGAUGAACGCAAGGGUGAGGACGAAGACAAGAACACCAACUGCGCUGGCCGUUUGGAUAAUAUCGUCGAAGCUCUCCGGCUAGAGAAGACGAUUUGCGAGAACGUCAUGUGCUCAGCUUGGCAAAUCCGCAUGUUUGUCAACGCGCCCAAGGCAUACUCUAAGCGCAAGGACCAGAACCGGGUGGGCAACAGCAAGAGGCCGAACGCCAAGGGUAACUGUGUAGUGGGAGAUAACCUCCGGGCAUCGAAGAGGUCCCGGACCGUCGCUACUUCACGGAGAAGACAUACGCGAAAUUACUCGUCAGCAGCCUCUGAGACGCAAUUGUCUCGUGAUACCACGCCACAGCAGGCUUUCGAAUCAUCAGGACUUCCGUACUUGACCUCGCAGACGAUGCAGCGCGUUGCAUUGAGCCCCCUACCUACUUUUCUGGCACCUCAGGCACCGUCGAUGCAUCCCUCACCUCGAUCCCUCCAUGCCCACAACACAUCUGCGGCGUUGCCGUCCACACCACCACUGCGGGCGCAGCCAUAUAAAUAUCACUCCCAGCACAUCUCGCGAAGACUUUCUGUCUCGCCAGGCCACCAAUCGCCCUUCCUGCCCCCAUCGCAGCCACUGAAUCGCUCCAUAGUGUCGGUCAGCCCUGACGAUACGAAGCCAACAAACAUGAAUAUGAACUCAUGCCUCAGUCCUUGGAAUCAUGGUGAAUCCCCAGGUUUAGCUCCGCCCAGCAAUUUCGCAUACACCGACCAAACUGGUAUUUCAGAGUUUCCGGGGAUCGAGCACUGGCAGCAUAAUGUGCAACCGUUUCCCACAGAAGACGCACUCAGCAAUGCAAAUCUUUUCGCACAACAUCCUGAGAUGGGCAUAUGUCUCGCCGACAUGGAGCUUUCACCGACAUACGCGUUGGGCGAUGCUGCGGGGGAGGACGUCUUUAGUUUCUGGCAGCACCAAGACGAUGUGCAAAAAAUGACAAAUGCUCCAAGCCACCGCCAGAAUCAGUCUUAA